GCAAGCAAGGCGCCGUUCCUUUGGGGGGAGGGGGCGAAUGCGAGUGUCGUGUCAAGAGAAGGGCAGACGAGGACGAGGACGAGGACGAGGACGAGGACGAGCAAGGAGCGGUGUCGGCCCGCGACCCUUGGUCACGUGCACAGCCAGCCGACGCCGUCGUGUCCACACGGUGCGAGCCGUCCUACCGACCCAUCGAGCGAAGCCAGAUGAACCGCCUCAUAAAUACACCUUGCAGCACCGCGCAGACGGCCUGGCCAGCAGCGUGUCACGCAGCCACAGGAAGAGCUGCAAAGUCACAUGGCCGCCGCUCGGGACCGAAGACACCAUCUCGACACUAGGACGUGCCUCUGCCAGCGCAGUCCCAGAUGCUCAUCUCCCGCCCAUCCGCCCGUGACAUCACCCGAGUGCCGUGGAAGAGCAUGCAUGCACAGGACGGUGGUGUGGAGGAGGAGGUGGUGGUGGUGUUGGGUAGAAACGAAACAAAAAAAACCAUAAGUCGCAUGCCCGCGGCGUCGUCCUGGGACAUGGUUGACGUCGACAGGGACGUCGUCGAGGGGCCGGCAAGACUGCGAGCGGGCGGAAGCGGGGUAACGUCGCUGAGGCCAUCAGCACCAGCACCCGCACCAGCACCAGCACCAGCACCUGACACUGCACACUACCCUCCGACUCGGCUCUCCGUCGCCCCCCAGACGCUGAGGCUCAUUAUCCUCCCCUCGUCGGCACCUCUCCAUCGGCGCUACCUCCUGCUGCUGAAGACGCAAUUCGCCUUGGCGCACGCCGGCCCUGCUGGUCGAGCCGAUCUUAGCGAUUCUGCCAACUCAUAA